AUGAUGGAUCCAACAAACGAUAUGCUUCCACCUCCGUCUUCCCCCACCAACUCCUCCAUAUCCUCCUCCGAUCUUGACACUGAGUCUACAGGGUCUUUUUUCCAUGAUAGAAGCACAACAUUAGGCACUCUAAUGGGAGUCACAUUUCCUGCCAUCACUUUCAGAGCACCCUCUCAGCACCGCCACCCCGCCGCCGCGUCCUCCAUCACCACCGACCCCGUAAACGGGGGAAACCCCAGGAGGAACACCAAGAAGAGAAGGAACCUAGCGGCUUCUGCGGUGGCGGAGCGGAGGAGACGGAGAUGGUGGAGCCUGUGCCGGGAUGGAGGUGGGGCUAAGCCGGCUUCUCUGGGGGAGUUUCUGGAGGUGGAGAGGAGGUUCGGUGACGCUGCAGCGGAGCUUGAAGGCAUGAUGAUGGCAGAGCAGCCGAGGAACGGAGGAGUGAAUGGACGGUUGUUGUUUGCUGAAGGAAGGGUUUUGCCACCUGCUGAUGUUGUUGAUGACGGUGGGUCAUCAUCAUCAUCGUCCACGGCUGGAGCUCUGUGGCGAUUUCCGGUUUCAUUUACUGGGAUCUGUAGCGGUGGUACUGGAUAA